GUGGGCUCUGACUGAUCUAAUGCCUUAAUUGUGGAGCACACUCAGUACCAGAGUUUCCAGGAUGGAACAAUAGUGGCAGAAGUCAUGUUCCCACCUCGCCCUGGAGGAGGAGAAGUAGUUUUCAGACAAGGGUGUGGAUUGAAACUUCCCUGGCCAGGGCUCAGAAGCAAACCUGAAGGCAAGAAGACAUUAACCAGCUUUACAAUGGACUCUCUCAUUGCAGCAAAUAACAAAUUUUGCUUCGAUUUUUUCCAAGAGGUUAGCAAAGAUGAUAUUCAUAAAAAUAUCCUCGUCUGCCCUCUGAGUGUCUCAGCUGCCUUUGGUAUGGUUUGCCUGGGAGCUAGAGGUGACAGUGCACGGCAGAUCAAUGAGGUAUUACAUUUCAAUGAACUUUCCGAGGACAAAAGCAAAGAUCCCAAUGAUCCUUGCUCAAAAAGCACAAGAGAAGUGUCUGACAGUUCUCUGGUAGGGCAGAAAGAAAUGCCAGUGUCUCCGGAUCAGCAGGAUGAAUCUACCAAUGAGAAUGAAGUGCUCAGCUGCCACUUUGGGAAACUUCUCUCAAAGUUAGAUAGAGACAAAACUUAUUACACUCUAAGUAUGGCCAACAGACUCUAUGCAGAGCAGGGAUUCCCACUCUGCCAGGAAUACUCAGAUGAUGUGAUUCAAUACUACCACACGACCGCUGAAAGUGUGGACUUCCAGAAGGAUACUGAGAAAUCGAGACAAGAGAUUAACUUCUGGGUGGAGAGUCAGUGCCAAGGUAAAAUCAAGGAACUGUUCAGCAAGGGGGAUAUUGAUAAUUCAACUGUGCUGGUGCUGGUGAAUGCUGUUUACUUCAAAGCCAAGUGGGAGAAAAACUUUGACAGUGAAAACACAGUUGAUGCACCUUUCUCUCUAAGUGAGAAUGAAAAGAAGACUGUAAAGAUGAUGAACCAGAAAGGUCAGUUUAGGAUUGGCUUUAUUGAGGAGCUGCAAGCUCAGAUCCUGGAAAUGAAGUACACCAUGGGGAAGAUCAGCAUGCUGGUCCUGCUUCCAUCUCAUUCAGAAGACAAUGUGAAGAGCCUGCAAGAGCUUGAAAAGAAAAUAAGCCACGAAAAACUAAUGGCCUGGAGUACCUCGGAAAAUAUGCCAGAAGAAUCAGUAGCUAUUUCCUUCCCCCAGUUCAUCAUGGAAGACACCUAUUAUCUCAACUCCGUUCUACAAGACAUGGGCAUUAAGGAUAUCUAUGAUGAAAAGAAGGCAGACCUUACUGGAAUCUCUAAGAGUCCCAAUCUACAUUUGUCCAAAAUUGUCCACAAGAACUUUGUGGAGGUGGAUGAGAUGGGUACACAGGCAGCUGCAGCCAGUGGCGCUGUUGGUGCAGAGAAGGCCACUUCAUCUUGGGUGGAGUUUAAUGCCAAUCACCCUUUUCUCAUUUUCAUCCGACAUAACCCAACCCAACAAAUUCUUUUCUGUGGCAGAGUCUACUCUCCUUGAGCCUCCUCUGGCUCUUGGUUGCUUGAGGCAAAUGACAAUAUGGUUCCCCCCUUGGAAAACAGGCAUUUGUGUCUCUCCUGACUGCCUGAAGCUGAUCACCUGUGGCCACAGUUGCACAUGCUGCCCCUCAAGCCUCCUGUGAACUUUGUUCUGAUAACCUCUGUCACCAGAAGCCAGUUCUCACCAUCUGCUAAUGAAGUAAUCCUGCUUUCUCCCUAAUCUUUACUGCCCUAACUUUCAAGCAUAUAAAUUCACCUUCUCUGAUUUGGAGGUCAACAUAAUGCAGACUGGUAUUGUUUUUCAUUAAGUUGCUUCCCUCCUUAUGAAGAAAUACUGUAAGUUAAUCAUUAGGGCAUUCUGGAAGGUUGGAACUCAGAAAGUGAUAAAAUAGGCUUGGGAAACUUUGCUCCAUUUCUAGGGCACUUAUAAUCAUGAGUAACCCCCAGGAAAGAUUCUUGGCCCCCUUUUCAUAUGUGCUGUAAUGCAUGGAGAUGUCCUGUAGUAUCUUCUCACUCCAGAGAAGAUACCAGAUGAAGACUUAAGUGAUGGCUCAAGGAUGUGCACAUGUCCCAGCCAAUACUCAUUUUGCACAGGAGAACAAUACACUUCUAUCAUGUAUUUGACCCUGACCAAGAAGGUGGCACAUCUAUUUUAAAGAUUUGGUCUCUCUCAGUUUUCCAUGAACUCCCUCUGUCUCUUCGCUCUCCUUCAGAACACCUCUCUAUGGCUAACACUAGGCUGAUGAGGCUGC